AUGCCUUCCACUUCUCGACCGGUGAAGGUGGCGUGUCUGGCCUGUCGUGCCUCCAAAAUUCGCUGCGACGGGCAGAACCCGUGCACCAAUGAAUGCCAAUAUCAACCGAGUCGGCGAGGGGGCGCUCGACGGGGUCCUGUUGCCGCUGAGGAGCGGGCCAGGAAGAAGGCCCAACGAUUGCAAAAUGCAACCAGGGUCAGCGAUCAUGCCAUCACAAAUGAUGCAUUUACUUUGACUCGGCCCCAUACAGCGCAGAUCAAUGCAGCCACCCCGGUUUCUCUACCGUCUCCAUCUCCCAUCGAGACCGGAUACCGACCAUCUGAUACGCCGCAAGAAAAUUUAGUGAGCCCGGGAUUUCCGUUAUCACCUAAAGGCCCCGGAACCGGUCAGGAGCUUCGGGAGACUUUGAGCCAGCCGACGCGGACCCUCCGUGUUUAUCGGUGUGAUCAGGAUCUUAUUAAUGCCUAUUAUAUCUUCAUCCAUCCAUAUCUACCUCUCCUACCUCCACCAGCUGUGGCCCAGUAUGUGGACAAGCCCAAGACAAUAAACAUCUGCUUGGCUCAGGCAAAUGCAUCUCAUCUGCCUUACUGGCCAACUACCUCAUUGGGUUUGGCCUUGGCAGCGUUGUUGGCACUGAUACCGCCACCAGGAGAUGCGUACGCGACAGGCGAUGAGACCACUACCCUGCGGCGCUCUUUUGCCGAUCUUUUUGCACGCUCGGCGUUAGAUGCAUCGGAAGAAUCACUCGAGCCGUCUUCCAAUUCCGAUCUGACAAAGGGCCCGUGCAGCCCCUUGCAUCCGGAUAUCCCCCGGCAAAUGGAGCCGGUCCUCGCAUUAGCGCUUCUCAGCCUAUAUGAAUGCUGCCAGCGAGGAAACGUCUCCAAGAUGCGUAUCCGAGCCAAUCAGGCAUUAACAAUGGCUAUGGACCUCUCAUUACAUACACAGAAGUCGGCAACUAAUUGUUCCGACGCGAUUCGUCGCUGCUGGUGGUCUACAAUGUUCCUUGUUUAUCAUUCUUCCAUUCUGACAGCUUCGCCGCCCCUCAUAACCAGCGAAGACUUCCGCAUCACCACGCCAUAUACAGUAAUUCGUGGCUGUCGAGAGCCAUGGCCCUAUGUCGUACAAGCGCAAUCCCUCCUUCACCGCAGCUGCACCAUCACCCGCCAGCUCUCCAACGAGACCAUUCACGAUCAAGGAUGUCUUCCGUUUUCCUUGCACAAUGAAAUCAAACACCUUGAGUCUUCUCUACUUGACAUAGCCACCGAAACAGACCGCUACCGCUGCAUAGCCAACUGCCAAGGCACCGAAGCCGACGCGGAGCGCGUGCUCUGGGCGAUGUCACGCAUCCUUAUCCACACUGCUAGAUUACUUCUCCAUCGAGUUCGCGCCUUCCCUGACCGUCCCGUCGAUAGCCUCUCAAACAACAGCAUUAGUGCUAGCGGCACUAACACACCCCUUUCUGCAUCCCGAAGGACUGAAGUGGACGCUCUCUUUCCAGUUGACGAUCAAGAAUCCAUGCGUAUCUGCAUUCGCUCCGCACUACUGAUAUCUCGCGUCUUUCGUCACCUGCCUACACCGAAUCCGAUGUACUCUGACACUCCAACCGAUGGAGAGACUUUGGGAUUCGGACUUGAGCUCGGACUUAGUAGUGCGUUCUCGAGGCGAUCAAUCAGUUCACCACGGUCUCUACCAUACAUGGCUUGGUGUGGGAUGCAGAGCUUCUAUGUACUUGCCAUGGUGUUGUGGCGUGUUAGAGCGGCAUUGUCUGCGGGAAAUCUGAGCAGUGUUUAUGAUUUGCUAGAUCGGCCGAGUGAGCGGACGGCGAUACAAGAUGCGGAAAGGCUCGAGGAGGAGUUACACAUGGGAAUUGAGGCGCUGAGAGCGUCGAUGAAAGCGGAUGGGGUGUAUGAGGGGAUCUGGAGGAUGGUUAGGGAGUUGGAAAGCGUGUAUGAUGCUACCAUGAUGGGGUGA